AGCCCCGCGCGGGAGCUGAGGGGGAGCCCGUGAGCGCGGGAGCUGAGCGCCUCUCGGGGAGCGAGCGGCAGCCAGGAUGGCCUCGUCGUCGGGCAACGACGACGACCUCACCAUCCCCAGGGCUGCCAUCAACAAGAUGAUCAAAGAAACGCUCCCCAACGUCCGCGUGGCAAAUGAUGCCCGGGAGCUGGUGGUAAACUGCUGCACGGAGUUCAUCCACCUCAUCUCCUCCGAGGCCAACGAGAUCUGCAACAAAUCGGAGAAGAAAACCAUUUCCCCAGAGCAUGUCAUACAAGCACUAGAAAGUUUGGGGUUUGGCUCCUAUAUCAGUGAAGUAAAAGAAGUCUUACAAGAAUGCAAAACAGUAGCACUAAAGAGAAGAAAGGCCAGUUCACGCUUGGAGAACCUCGGCAUUCCGGAAGAAGAGCUUCUAAGGCAGCAACAGGAAUUAUUUGCAAAAGCUAGACAACAGCAAGCAGAACUGGCGCAGCAGGAAUGGCUACAGAUGCAACAAGCAGCUCAACAGGCACAGCUUGCUGCUGCCUCAGCCAGUGCAUCCAAUCAGGCAGGAUCCUCUCAGGAUGAAGAUGAUGAAGAUGAUAUCUGAAAUUCACCAGCUGAGUUUGUCUUUACUAAGAAAUAUUUUUCCUGCACAAUGAAAACAGUGAAAUGAAUGCUUACCUGUAAGUUUGUAUGCAUCAUGGACUGGCAAUUGGUAUUCUAGGGGUGUCUGCUGUUGUGUGCUGUACAUGUAUAAACUGUCUUUUUUUGAACUCUUGAAGAUUUAAGGUUCAGUAUCAUAUCAACUUUGGAUUUUUAAUGGUGUAUAUGGAAAUUUUAGAUAGCAGUGCGUCAUUUAUUUGAUCAAUAAACAGUGUUACAAUAAACAACGAGUUUAUAAAAUAUAGUGAGAUUUAUACAAAAAGCUCUAAAUCCACAUUUGCAUUUCUUCCCUUUUAACUAAACUAUAAAAUCUUACUUAGAAUUUUUAAUUGUUUUUUGGGGGAGUGGUACAGUAGACAUAAUCUGUUAAUGGGAAAAAAGCAGAGUUCAGCAUAGUAGAGUCUGAAUUCUUAGUUCUUUUUAAAAUGAGGAUGUAUAUGGCAAUAAGUAUUAUAUAUGCUCAAAUACCACACUUGUUAAAAUUCGAAAAUGAUACAUUUUCACCAAGCUAGGAAAAGGUAUGUUUAAUAGGAGUUGUACAAAUUCAGUCAUUUUUUUGUAUAGGGGUGAAAAAAAUAAAUCCAUGGUUUUAUUAUGACAUCCUUUGACAGUCCUAACUGAAUAUUUCACUUCAAAGACUGCCUGGUUUGAAGAACUAACUCUUCUAUUAUUUCACUCCAGUUUAAUGUUAACUGUUGUUGAUGGUAUUUCGUAGUCCGGAUCUAUUCAUAUUGUUGAAAUUUAAAGCUGGAACUUGAUGCAACAGAAUUGUUUUAGUUCCACUGAUGUAACUGGGAAUGAUUAAGUAUUCAAGCCUAUGAAGGCAAAAGCGGAAGCUAAGAGCAUGCUUACCAUAAAAGAGGGAAUUUAUUUAACCUUGAUUAGUCAUUGUUGUCAGCAUAAUGCUAACAUUCUCCAGACUAGAUUGUCACUGGAUUACUAAGAUACCUUGUUGAAAGAUAACAUUUUCUUCAUUCAAAUUGGUUCAUAGGUAAGUCCAAGUUUCUGAUAAACUAUUCCCCAAGAGUGAUCAGCAAUACAUGGAACAGAAACGAUGUAGUAGUCCGUUUGAUAGUUAAUUUGAAAAUUCUGUUGAUUAAUGGAUGAGCAGCUGUUCUUUGUGUUGAAAUAAAGCACAGUAGUGUCCAUUGCUGAGUUUUAAUGUGUUACUUGAAGUAAUACUGGCAUGUCUUCUGGUACACUAAUCUGAGCAGACUAGAAAAGCCACUUGCAUGCUGCUGUAGGUGAUCCAAUAGCUCUCUAGCACCAUGGAUUGUUUUAUUAACUUAUGUCCUCAGCAGGUUGCUUUAGUUCGAAUUCUCGAGGAGGGCUGCAGCAGCCUGUUUACAUAAGGAUGCAAACAGAAAAUGAUGUGCCCAUUUUUACAUAAAAUCUGAACAAGGUACAAUUGGCAUAUAUUCGGAUCUCGGUCACAUAGUGACUUUUGAUUUAAAUUUGCGAUACAUUGAGUAGCAUAUUGAAUAAAUGUGAACACUUCCUUAAAUGCAUUAAUGCAGUGAAAACUCAGAAAAGUAUUUGUUUGAAUGUUUACAUUUAAAAAACCCCAAACAACAAAACGAACCCCCUUUCAUGGAUACUAUAUGAAAUACGUUAGGCAAGGUUUGACCGAGGAAGUGGUUUUCUGUAAAGGUUUAAGUACCAAAGGUAGAAAAUCUAGUCUAGUGAUAGGAUGUUAAUGUGCAGUGUUGGCUUUUCUAAUUUGUACUGUAACACCUUCACACUUUCUAUUUUAAAUGAGUCUUUUCCUUUUAAAUAAUAUUAGGUAUAUUUUCACACCUUUCUUUUCUGAUGCAGAAUUCAGGUUAACAUUUUACUGCAUCUGGUAUGUAUGGUGUAAUAUGUUUGGAUCCUUGUGACCUUUCUUUUGGACAUUCUUGUGCUUUUUCAUAUGCUGUAUUCUUCAAGCAAUAAAAUUCUGAUGUGUUUUUAUAAAAUUGCUUUUAUAUUUAAUGCAUAGUCUGUCUUCUUCAUUGCAUUUAUAAAGAAAAAAGUUAAGACUACUUAAAACUCUGCUGUUAUUUUGACCCACUGAACGCUUCUUGUGACCAAAGUCUUUGCAACCUGAGUGCUGUUGGAUGGCAUUGCUGUUCACUGGGGUUGUUAAUGCUUGCAAACAAUACUUCUGGGCUUGACCUGCUCUAUUUCCUCUUGGGAAUUGCGUUUUGUGUAUAUGCAUUUUUAUAACCUGACCUUCUUAACUUGAAAAGUUGGACAAACCCCCUGUAGAUCAGGUAUAACCUACUGAAAUACUUUCUGUUUAACAAAGUGGAAGACCACAGGCCUGGGGAAAUAAGAAUAUAUGUUAGUCUCCUGUUGAAUUAAUUUCACGUAGAUAGUCUUGUUUAGAGACUACUUUACUUAUUCAGCCAUUCCACCUCAAGUAUGAAGAAUAAACUCUGGCAGUUGCAGGGGGAGAAUCUUCACUGAUCUUUCAAUAACAUAAGAAUUUUGUAUUACUUUCCUGUUAUGCUUCCGUGUACUAGCUGUUCAGUGAAGACAAGGGAUUUCUGAAUUUGUGGUACCACUGGUUUUUUGGUACACCAGAUACAUAGAGUGUAAAGUUUGGUUAGUGAACUGUAUUGUUACGUUGUCUCGGAAGAAACAUGUAUGAGGAUGUGUCUGUUUCUUAAAUAUUGAGUUGAUGAGAUUAUCUGUGAGUUUUCCAUAAUUAUUCUGACAGUCUGUUUCAGAGUGCUUUCACUAAGUGACUUUCUUGCGAAAUCUUUCUUUUCUGUUACUUUAAUAAAGCGUAUGUCUGCA